AUGGAGUUGCCGGCGGACUUGGAUGGGUUCCAUGCUGUUUUGAAGCGCCGGAUCCGUGAUCAAAGCGAGAUUGAGGAGUGCCGCGAGGACUACUCCGCCGAGAAAAAGGUUGCCGCACAAAGGGCUGUGGCAGCACGCGAGAUCCGUCAUGUUGUUGGCCAGACGGGUUGCUUUUGUCUGGAUUGCCUACUCCACCGGAAGCAAGAAUGGCGAAUUGGAGAUGUCAACACAGCCAUCGUAGGACCAAGGGACCAAUGGCAACAGUACACAUGGGGGAACGCAGAACGACAGUGUCUGUACUCGGAAGAUUCAACUACCACGACCAAGCCAGUCUUGACGCCUUCCAUUUCGGAGAAAAUUCGAGUUCACGACUCGAAGGAUCGAAUUUGGACAGUCGAGCGGGCUGCAAAAUUCGUUGCUGUCGCGUCCGGCAAAUACCACACGCUUAUGCUUACCGAGUCUGCAGUCGUUUUUGCGAGUGGGGACAAUACCUACGGCGCCCUUGGGGUUGCCGGUGGGGUCAGUGCAAGCAGGUCUGCACCAGGCAAAGUGGAAACAGGAUUGGAUGAUGUUGGCGGCUGCGUAAAGAUGAUUGCCGCCAGUGGAUUCGCGUCGUUCGCUCUUGUUGUGUUGCCAAUCCCUGACCCAGUCCAGCGGCCAACAUCCAAAGGAGCCAAGCAAAAUCGAGGGCGGCUGACCUCGCUGGAAAGGAUGGCUCGAGGUCGAGCUCAUUCUCUUCAGCGAAUGUCAACACAAGCUAAACUAGACAUUGCAAUGAAUGCUGCAGCCGUCAAUAAUCUUGUUUCGUGGGGCCGAGGCGAUUACGGGGUACUGGGACAUGGGGACACAGAAUCGUCAGCAACUCCUCGUGUGAUAAAGAUUUUCAACUCGAUGCGAGUAACAUGCGUGAGCGCUGGUUUGCAUCACGUUCUGGUGCUCACAGAACUAGAUGGUGUCUAUGCGUUUGGAGACGGAAGCAAUGGAAAGUUAGGGUUGGGGGAUACGAAUCCUCGUUUGUCCCCGGCCAGAAUUACGAGUCUCGAUGGGCUGAAUGUGGUCCAUGUUUCUGCUGGUGAUGAACACUCAGUUGUCAUGACUGGAGAGACUUUCUUUAAUCGGCAGGUGUACUCGUGGGGCCUCGGGAAGAACGGGCGUCUGGGCCACAAUGAUGAGUUAACAAGGUUGAAGCCAACUCGCGUAAACUGUUUCCGUGGACGGAAAGUUAUCACUCUUGUUGCUGGGGGAGCUCAUAAUCUUGCAACGUCGGAAAUGCCACGGGGGGUAUGCGUGUGGUCAUGGGGAGCUGGCAGCUACGGACAGCUCGGUCAUCGAGACACGUGGGAUACGUUAAUUCCACGAUCUGUGGAUGAGAUUCGGUACGAAAGCAUUCGCUACAUCGAUGCUGGUCAGCGCCAUUCGUUGGCAAUCUCGGAAUCGAAACAGCUUUGGCUGUGGGGACAGGGUAUUCAUGGUGACUACGACGUGCCUGAUCCGGAUGCUUCCAGCAGCUCCAUUUUGUACCCGAUCAAAAUUGAGCUACCAGAACUGUCGUUGAUCAGUGCGCGUGCAGGAAGAGGACGCACAUUCGUUUGGGGCGAUCGAGCAAUCGAACGAGAGAAACCUCGGCCGUUCGGAGGAAGCGCAGCCGAUAGCAUGUGCUGCUCACUACCUGAGUAUGAGAGUCUGACGUCGGAUAGCUUCCGCAUCAUUUAUCGCUGCGGACCGUGCCAGCUCGAUGCAGUCUGCAUUGGAUGCGCUCACCACUGCCACAUUCAGCAUUGCUUAGAACUGAGAUACACCAUGGUAGAUGCAAUAAGUAGGCACUGUGAUUGUUUCACCAGCUGCAAAAAGUGUGUAUUCGUUGAAGACGAUGAAUGA